AGCGUCCACGACGGACCAUCACAACCAUGUCUCAACCCGCCGCUCCCUCCGCGGAAGCACCCCAGCAUCAGCCAGAGGUCAUUUCGAACCUCGAUGGUUAUCGACGUGUGGAUCUCGCGACAUGGAAGCAGGGAGAUCAGAUAGGCAAAGGCGGCUCUGGGGAAGUGUUCAAAGCCAUGGUUGGAGGCCAUUUUUUUGCAGUAAAGAAGAUAUCCCUGGUGCAAGGAGACGUGACGCAGCAAAGUCCGAGUAAAACGAAAGAAUUCACGCAAGAGUUGGAAGCGUUGAGGGCGGAAAUAGAAUUGCUGCGGCAGCUCGAUCAUCCGAGGGUGCUGCCUCUUCAUCUUGAUGUAGGCAUUGUCCAGUGAAAAUAGAAGACGAGUACUUGAUGUUCUAUCUUCAUAUGAAGAGUAUCAUCGUUUUGUAGUUAAAACGGUUUGUCUUGCAUCUUCAUCGUCAUCCACAAGUAGCGUGAUCAGGAUGUUUCAACACCGUGGGACCUGAAAUAAACAUUUCGUACGAAUGCUUCUGCACCUGCAAAUUAUACAUGUAUGCCUAUACUCAAUCCCUGUUGAACAACCACAACCUUGGUUCCCCCUGCCACCUCCCCGACAAGGUUGUCCGCUAUAUCGGCUGUCUACUCGAUGGCGGCUCUGCUUCUUCCUCAGGCGGCGGCGGUGCAUCAAGUGACAACUCUGGAGCAUCAUGGCUUCCGCAUAAUUUGCUUAUCUUCUUAGAGUACAUGCCCUGUGGAUCGAUGUCCACUGUGCUACGGAAAUUUGGACCCUACGGCGUCCACCUGGCGAAGAAAUAUCUGAAGCAGAUCUUGGAGGGAUUGCUGUUUUUGCAUAGCAAGUUAUGAUGUACUAGUUGCUAGCAUAGCAAGUUAUGAUGUACUAGUUGCUAUUGGAUAUGGAUGGCGGACUUAUAAAUAUACCAAGAACUCCUGCAGGGUGACUCAAUGAUGUAGUCGGCUAUAACGGAGUCUCUCCUCGUUCUUUCUAUUGAUUCCCCACUAUCCACCUAUCUCUUCUAUCCCACGACCCCUCAAAAUAACCCCAACCCCUUCUAAUUCUCGGAAUAG